GGCCGACAAUUGGACAAAAUAUUACUGUAAACGCCUCUAUCUUCUACGACACUAAGUACUUUGAGACAUUUAAGACAAGACUCAAUCAUACAAACAUAACGGAGUACUUAACAAAUUUAACCCUUAAGGCUCAAGAACAUUUUCAUAACGAGUCAGUAAUGUUAACAAUCGUGGUAAACAGUACAACGCAGAAGGAGGAUUGGCUGGCAAUGUACCCUAAUGGCUCCAUCAAUGGUGACGCAACUUUGCAGAAUAUGACAGACUAUGCAAAAUCUAUAAACGCUUCCAAUAACUCUAUUUUUUAUCUAGCUUCAGGACACCUUAUAUAUUCAGAGCAUGAUGGGCAGAACUUCCAUCCCUAUGGUUUGUCAGACGUCUCCACAAACGGGACAUUUUGCAAACGGCCAAGCGGGGUGAUAUUUAUGGAGUUUCCAGGAUCGUUAAAUGAACGCAGCAUGGUGAGCGGAACGGCGGGCACAUUUGGUGUGAAACACAAAAUCCACUUUGAUAGUGAAGACUUAAGAACUAUGAACACUACAUUUUCGAAAUGCAAACGACAAAAGAAGCGAAGAAAAAAUGGAAAAGGAAACAAAAGAAAUGGAAACAAAGGAAAAGGAAAAAAAGAGAAACGGACAAAAAAAGACCAGACACAAUAGAAAAGGCCGGGCCAAAAUAAAAGUACGAUACCGUAAAUAAAUAAAAAUCUUUAUGCCAAUUCCCAUUUUAUUGCACACUGAUAAUUUUUGGAACGAUUUAGUUCUACUAACAAUAUAAUCAACUCCCAGUUAAAGAAAAAUUUUACAAGGGUUCUACAUGGUUAUGCGUAAAAAAUGAAGUGCUAUGUGCGUUAUCGACAAAUGACAAGAAUAAUUUUACACAAUCCAUCCCUCAGAAGGUGCUGUAAUACGGCCAAUCAAAUAUGCGACAACUAACCCGCCCACUAUCCAGUUAAACCAAGCUGUGUCCCCACUCAAAAUAUUAAUUAGGUGACUCUUGGUAACACUUCC